ACCUCUGCCUCCUCUGAACCCAGUGGCUCCCCCCUGUAAUUUCCUUAAAAAUCGCUCCUUUUUUCCUGAUGAGGCGCACUUUAGCACUUGCAUUUAUUUUCUGAGAAAGAGAAGGAAGGGGGGAAGGAGAAUAGCACGCAGUUCGUCGACGCAGCGAUACCCGAAGUUGAAGACGACCUAACCAACCUCUCAGCGACACAUCAACUAUCACAAUCUCACACUCUCCUGUUCCUCUCUCCACCAAAACUCAUAGUAUUCUCUUACCUCGUUUUGUUGGCUGCUUCGUAUUCUAUAGUUUUUCCCCCUCUGAUUCAGUUUCCUCGAGCUAGAAUGGAGAAGAUGAUUGCUCUUUACAAGCUUGAGGCUCGUGGGUUAGUGUAGGUUCUCGUAGUUCCUCGCUCUACUUUCUCAUUCGUCCUUAACUUGCUUUUUCAACCUCGCUCCCUCCUCUUCCCCCCCUCCCCACAACUUCCUCUUCUGGAGGAUGGCCUGCCGAACACUGAUCGCGGGAAACUUGGAUCCAGAGAGAAGAAGAACUGGCGGACUGAGAACUAAACAGGCGGGAAGAGGAUCGUGCCGUGGUAGUUAGAACAGGGGGGUCAAACUUGCCGGGAAAUGCUUCGUCUCCGGUUUUGACCUCCUCUCAUUUUCUUGUUUCGUGUUGCAUGCUAGUGUUAAUCCAUAAUUAGUUCGGGAGAAAAACUUUUUUGCGCUUUUUCAUCCCGUCGUUGAAACGAUGGGUUUAUUGUUGAAAGAAGCCUUGAAGACUCUCUGCGGUCGGAGUCAAUGGUCGUAUGCUGUGUUCUGGAAGAUCGGCUGCCACAAUCCUAAGCUAUUAAUAUGGGAAGAAUGCUAUUACGAACCCUUGCCUUGCCCCUUUCCUCCAAACGUUGAUAGAAUUGGGACAUCUGACUUGUCCUUUGGAGGUGUGGAGGGCGACAGAGUUUGUUCCUUGAUUAACAGAAUGAUGGUGAAUAAUUCAGUCAAUAUUGCGGGAGAGGGGAUAAUUGGACGGGCAGCAUUCACAGGAAACCAUCAAUGGAUUCUUUUAAGCAAUUUUAUUAGAGCUGCAUGCCCACCAGAGGUAAAAAAUGAAGUGCAUCAUCAAUUUUCACUUGGGAUGCAGACCAUAGUGGUUAUUCCUGUACUUCCUCAUGGGGUUGUUCAACUUGGUUCUUUCUUCACAAUAAUGGAGGAUGUUGGAUUUGUGAAUGAUGUAAGGAGUUUAAUCUUGCAAUUGGGAUGUGUUCCUGGUGUUCUUCUAUCUGAAGAUUAUUCAAAAAAAGCUUCUGUUCAAGGGCUCAGUGCAACUGUUACUGUUGGGGUGCCUGUCUCAAAUUGCAGCCCCUCAGUGGCUAGUGGCUCCAACCAACAAAACAAUUCACCCCACACUUCUAAUUCCAUUUUUCACCAAUCUCUACUACACAGGGAAGAGAUGAAUAAUGACCAAGUUUCUGUAUUGACACAUCAAACCCCUAGCCUGUCUCAGAUGUUGUCCAAGUACCAUGAUAACCUCUGCCAAACUAAGGCAAUUCCAAUGACAAAACCAAACUUUACUGGGCCAUCAAAUGAUAGAGUUGUGGAGGCACAAGUGAUACCCUCAAAUCUUAAUUCAUGUCCUCAACAAACUUCUGUUUUGUGUGAUUCAAGAUCUGCAUUCAGUGAAUUGAAUGGUGUUGGCCAAUCAAGUCUGAGUGACUGCAGCAUGAAGUUUAAUGAUCAACAAACUUUAUCAGGUAGUGGGAGUCAGAAUUACAUCAAUUCUCUUAUAAAUGCUUCAAGUAAUUCAAGCAUGACUCAACUGAAGACAAACAGAGUCCAUAUGGCCGACCUUAAUCAAAAUUCUGAUAGUACUCCAUUACUUGGAGGAAUCCCAAUUCAUGGUGGAAUGCACAGUCUGUUGAGGUCAAGCUUGACUAAUACCUCUGUUUCAGUACCUCCGAAAGUUGGUGCUGCUGAUCUUUCCGGAACACGUAAAGUUGGGACUGAACUUCUAAAUGAUGAUUCAACUAAAGCAGGGGCUUUUUCUCUCCCUUAUGUGGCAAAUCAAUUCGGCGCUUGUCACAGACCUUUAGAAAGCUCUGAUCAGAAGAAUCUUCCCCUUGAUUUAAAGUGUGCUCAUGACAAGUUGGGUCCAACUGAUCAAAUGAUAGAUGGUGAUUUGCUUCAGGCCCUUAACAUCCCAUCUCUUCAUCUUGAGGAGCAUGUGCCUGUGAGUGAUCAUAUUAUGGGUUUUGGAAAUGGUUCCCUCAAUAAUGAUGGUACAGGUCAAUCUUUCACAGAACAAGAAACUUAUGCCCAGCCUUCAUCAGGAGAUGACCUGUUUGAUGUUUUAGGUGUGGAUUUUAAAAACAAAAUACUGCAUGAAAACUGGAAUAAGUUGCCUCCUGAUGAAUCAGAUGUUAAUGCCAGAGGCCUGGAUAGAAAGGCAGUGUGUAUGGAUAUGCAGGGCUUAGACACUGAUUCCUAUUCAGUGAAUGGGACAGUAUCAGAUAGUGGCGUAUUCUCUGGGAGGGGUUCUGAUCACCUUUUGGAUGCUGUGGUCUCAAGAGCUCAAUCUGCGGUGAAACAGGAUUCUGGUGAUAUGUCUUGCAGGACAACAGUGACUAAGAUCAGCAGUGCCUCUGUUCCCUCUUCUUCCCACAGGAAGGUUUUGUCAGAUCAUGCCCUUGGUGGAUUGUUGAACUUUCCGAAGACUGAGGGUAAAUUAAGUGCUGCAGAAGCUUGUUCUCUUCAGUCUGAAUGUCACAAGGAUGAUGCUGGAAACUGCUCUCAAACUUCUUCCAUUUAUGGGUCUCAACUCAGCUCAUGGGCUGAGAAUGUUAGCAAUGUGAAACGUGAAAACAGUGUUUCAACUGGUUACUCUAAGCGACCAGAUGAAGUUGGCAAAUCAAAUCGCAAAAGGCUUAAACCUGGAGAGAACCCAAGACCUCGACCUAAAGAUCGCCAAAUGAUUCAAGACCGUGUGAAAGAGUUGCGGGAAAUUGUGCCAAAUGGCGCAAAGUGUAGCAUUGAUGCGCUUCUUGAACGGACCAUAAAACACAUGCUUUUCUUGCAAAGCGUAACAAAGCAUGCUGAUAAGCUGAAACAAACAGGGGACUCCAAGAUUAUUAAUAAGGAAGGUGGGCUGCUUCUAAAAGAUAAUUUUGAAGGAGGGGCCACAUGGGCAUAUGAGGUUGGCUCGCAAUCAAUGGUUUGCCCUAUCAUAGUUGAGGAUCUUAAUCCACCUCGUCAGAUGUUAGUGGAGAUGCUUUGUGAAGAACGGGGUUUCUUUCUGGAGAUAGCUGACUUGAUCAGGGGAAUGGGUUUGACCAUUUUAAAGGGGGUAAUGGAAGCUCAAAAUGACAAGAUUUGGGCACGCUUUGCUGUGGAGGCAAAUCGGGAUGUGACAAGGAUGGAAAUAUUCAUGUCACUGGUUCAUCUUCUGGAACAAACAGUGAACGGGGGUGCAUCUAUAUCAAACGAAAUCAACAACAUGAUGGUUUAUCACUCCUUCCCACAACCUACUCAGAUACCAGCAACUGGGAGACCUAGUAGCAUGCAAUGAAACCACCUGCUAUAUAGAUUCAUUGGCCUGGAUGUGUUGGGAGCAAGUCUGAUGUUUUACUUGCUGUGACUGACAUCAACUCCAGUCCAAGACUUAACCUUGCCUGUUUUACUUGCCAUCUGACCUCAUUUUGUUGGUGGAUGUGUUUAGUUAGAGAAGAACGACGCAAGAUUAAUGUUAUCCACUUAUCCUAUAUAUGUAUCCUUAGUGUUUCUUCUGUUGCCUGCCAAGAUAUCUUUGUCAUGCUCUGGCAGUCUCCACUGAUACUCUAUGUUAGUGCAGCUUUCAGAUGACUUGUACAAGUUUUCCCCCUUCUUCAUGGUUUUAUGGGUUUGUGCUUCUGAUGUAUAGGUAGUGUAGGAUGUGGAAUGAACCUUUUGUCCUCUUGAAUUUCUGAAUGUUGUUGGGGUGGUGAAGUUGAUUUUGCUAUAUUAUUGCCCUACCAAUGUUAUUAAUUUCAACACUAGGUGUGGUUUGUACAUCAUUGGAGUCUGCUAGAUGCUUGCUAUUUUAUUCUCUAUUCAUAUUUAUUUAUUGCUGGAUUCAUAUUCAA